GAAAUGCCACCUCUCUCUCUCUCUCUCUCUCUCUCUCUCUCUCGGCUUGUUGUCGGCACAGACGGAGGUGGAGUUCGGAGGAGAGGUCGGCUUAGGGAAUGGGAGGUUUUGGCAGUGGAGAAGUUGGCUUGGUCUCAGAUGCCAAUCGCAAGGUCCAACUACAGGAGUCGGAUGAGGCUUCGGCUACGUGGAUCUGGGUCGCCUGGAGGUCGACGAGGUCGGGACAGCUAGGGGGGAACGUCGGGACUUGGGAAGCUGCGAGAGUGGUUGCGUGGGAAAGCCGAGAGCAGCCGAAUGGAGGUCUCAUCCUCUCCUAUUUAACGACGAGGUGUAGCGUUGUUUUGAACAACGGUCGCACGAUUUGAGCAGAUUUUGCGGAGAAGCGACUAGAGCGGCGCUGAUCUACAGGAUUUCAGUGGAAUUUGAUCACAAACGGCGCCGAAUUGACGUGAUUUCCGCAGGAUUUGUGGAUCCGAUGGACAAGUUGAGGAGAAUGAUCAUCCAAUUGAAGAAGUGAGGCUAACGGUGGAUCCUACAGACAACCCGAAUAUCACAGCACUAACGUUUCGCACUUGGCUGAUUGGUGUGAUGUCAUGUGUGCUUCUCUCCUUUGUAAAUACGUUCUUUUAUUACAGAACAGAACAACUAAGCAUUGGAUCAGUCUGCAUACAAAUCAUUGCACUUCCAAUAGGAAGAUUUCUCGCAGCAACACUUCCAAAGAAAGAAAUAAAAUUUCCCUUCACAAACUGGUCAUUCUCGCUGAAUCCGGGGCCUUUUUCGAUGAAGGAACUUUGUCUAAUCACCAUAUUCGCGAGUGCCGGUGCGGGAGAUCUCUUUGCAAUGCAUGUAGUAAUUGUAGUCAAGGCGUUCUAUCAUACUAAGAUCAAUCCCAUAGCUGCCUUUUUGUUGGUACAAACCUCGCAGUUACUUGGCUUCGGUUGGGCUGGCAUUUAUAGAAAGAUCCUGGUUGAUAAUCCAUAUAUGUGGUGGCCAGAAAACCUUAUUCAAGUUUCACUUUACAAGGCUCUCCAUCAGAAGGAGAAGAGAAAGAAGGGAACCAUAACAAGAUUUCAGUUCUUCAUAGUGGUCUUCAUCACAAGCUUUGCAUACUAUACCAUCCCAGGCUUCAUUUUCCCUGCAAUUUCCACCAUUUCUGUCUUAUGCUUAAUCUUCAAGAAAUCAAUCACCAUGCAACAAAUUGGAUCUGGAUUGAAAGGUCUUGGAGUUGGAUCCUUCGGAAUUGACUGGUCCACAGUCACCAAUAUUUGGGGAAGCCCAUUGGCCACACCUGCAUCAGCAAUCUUCAACAUAAUGUUAGGCUUUUUCAUAGGGAUUUAUGUGUUAAUCCCAAUUUGCUAUUGGACUAAUGCUUACAAUGUCAAACGAUUCCCUAUCAUAUCCUACGAUAUCUUUGAUUACACUGGUCAUAGCUACAACACUACUAGGAUCAUAAAUAACAAGACUUUCACUUUAAAUCUGGAAGAAGCGGAAAGUUACAGCAAAAUAAACAUAAGUAUUAACUUUUUAUUGGCCUAUGGCACGAGCUUUGCAUAUAUGACGGCCUCAAUCAUUCAUGUUGCUCUCCAUGAUGGAAAGAAUAUUUUGAAGAUGUGGAAAGAUACUAAAGAAUGUGAUAAGGAAAAGAUGGAUGUUCAUGCAAGAUUGAUGAAAAGAAAUUAUGAGCCUGUGCCUCAAUGGUGGUUCUACGUUCUCUUAGUUACGGUCAUUGGACUCUCCAUUUUUACUUGUAUAGGGUUUGGAAGGCACCUGCAGGUUCCAUGGUGGGGGUUAUUAUUCAUCUUCAUCAUAGCUCUACUUUUCACAUUACCUUUUGGAGUGAUCAUGGCAACUACAGGUCAGGGUCUGAAUGUCAUUACAGAGUACAUUUUUGGUCUAAUAUUACCAGGAAAUCCUAUAGCAAAUAUGACAUAUAAAACAUAUGGAACUGCAAGCAUGAACCAGGCUUUUACACUUCUUAGAGAUUUAAACCUCGGACAUUACAUGAAAAUCCCCCCGAAGUCCAUGUUCAUUGUACAGUUGACAGGUACUAUGAUAGCAUCUUUUGUUAACUUCACAAUAACAUCGUUCCUUCUCAACACAAUAAAGCAUAAAUGCGAUCCAGAAAAUCUUUCUCAAGGGAGUCUAUGGACUUGCCCCAAUGAUGAUGUAUUCUAUAACGCAUCCAUAAUUUGGGGGCUCGUUGGCCCAAUGAGAACAUUUGACAAACUUGGGAACUAUUCAGCUCUGAACUUCUUCUUCUUAAUAGGUUUAUUGUUACCCAUUCCCUUCUGGUAUCUAUCAAAAGUCUUCCCCAGGAACAAAUUGCUUAGAUGCAUCCACAUCCCCCUGAUCAUAGCAGGAGGUGGGCUUUUUCCUGCACACUCUGUGAACUAUAUCAUGUGGGGAACAGUGGGCAUUUUCUUCAAUUAUUAUAUUUAUAAAAGGUAUAAAGAGUGGUGGGCAAGGCACACCUAUGUAAUGUCAGCAGCUUUAGAUGCCGGGGUAGCUUUCAUGGGAAUAUUCAUCUUCUUUGCUUUGCAAUUUAAUAAUAUCAGUGGAAUAGAUUGGUGGGGAGGUGUUGCAGAUGAUUAUUGCCCUCUUGCUAGCUGUCCAACAGCUCCUCAAGUGAUAAUUAAAGGUUGUCCGACUGUUAAGUAGCUGAGUUUGUUAAAAUCUUCAGAGCUGUUUUCUCUAAAGCCUCUCAGUUAUUGUGUACAUUACACUUUUUGUUUUACAUGUCCUAUUUUAUUGCCUGGAUAAUAAUAAAAUACUUAACGUAAUUUCUAUAAUGUGAAUAGCUGAUGUGAUCUUAAAAGUUUUCAUGAUUCAAAACUCUUAAA